AUGUUACAGGAAAGUAAGUCAUGGAGAUCAAUAGAAAACAAAGAUGAGUACGAGUAUCCCGGAUUCUAUGAAAUAGAAAUGAUGUAUCAUACCCCUGACUAUAAAGCUAAACCAUUUGCUGUGAAGAACAGAGUACACUAUAUGUAUGACGACAUUCAGCUUUCGAGAUCAUCUACUCAAACCCAGUUACAUGAAGUAACAAUAGACGGCGUGAUUACUAAACUUCACAUUAGACGCUCGGCUUGUGAAGGUGUUAAAGUAUGUUCGGGAAAUGAGUGUAAAAGUUACACAGUGUCAAACCGACAGAGGAUCAAUAGAUGUCAUAUCCAUAAAAACACUACACCCCUUAAACAGACUGGGCAUUGUCCAGUACAAUUCGUUUAUGUACGGCGAGCCGAAGAGGAUGGAAGAAGAUGGAUAGGAGUUGUUAACGAACAUAACCACGAUAAACCUGUUCCUCACAAAAUAUCAACAAAAAUUCAAGAAGAUAUUCAGAUGUCUGCACUAGCCAAUAUUAGAAGUACUGCAAAAGAUCUCGCAAAAGGUUUGGGAAUAGGAUAUGUUCCGAGCGAGAAAAGUAUUGCAGCAGUAAACAUUGAUAGAAUUAGGCGAGAAAGAAGGCUGGGUAUUGGAAGCAUCUUGCAUCAAGGGGGGAAGUCAAAUGCUAAUGCAUUGGCCACUAUUGUUGAUUUCCCUAACAUAAGAAAUAAAGCUGAAAGAAGCCAAGACAUGGAAGACAAAUCAUUUUCAAUGAAAGUGAAUGAAUUGAUGGGAAAUUAUCAAAUGGAAGGAGCUGAAUACAUCUUUACUUCAACAUACUAA